AUGGAACCUGACAAUGAUUGUGGUUGGAAGCCAAAAGUAGGAAUGACCUUUGAUUCGGAAGAAAGUGCGUACGAUUUUUAUAAUGCAUAUGGAGGAAGAAUGGGAUUUAGCAUAAGAAGGGAAUAUUGUAAGAAGAACAAGUUAACAAAACAAAUUAUUUCUAGAAAUUUGGUUUGCAACAAAGAGGGAUUUCGGAAGGUUGACAAGCGAGACCCAUUGACAAAAACCCCUAGAGCUGAAACUAGGACUGGUUGUGAGGCCCGACUUUUUGUUAAAUUGGAUGUCAAUAGUGGGAAAUUUGUUGUGAUUGAUUUCAAAGAAAAACACAACCAUGAACUUGUAUCUCUUGAUUGUGCCCAUAUGUUGCCAUCGCAAAGAAAGAUAUCAGAUACCCAAGCAAUUGAGUUAGACUUAGCCUCAGAGUCUGGUCUUCGUUUAGGGCAGUCUUUUGAACUGAUGGGUAGGGAAGCUGGAGGGAGGCAGUCUCUUGACAAUGAAGAGCAAAUAACGAAUAUGUUUUGGGCCGAUGCACAAAUGGUCAUGGAUUAUGCCCAAUUUGGCGAUGUAGUUACAUUUGAUACUACCUACAAGUUAAAUAAAGAGCAUAGGCCAUUUGCAUCUUUUGUGAGAUUUAAUCAUCAUAGAGAAACAGUUGUUUUUGGUGCUGCGUUGUUAUAUGAUGAGACUGCCGAAACAUUUGUAUGGUUAUUUCAAACUUUUUUAGAGGCUAUGUCAAAAAAGGCACCAAAAACUUUGUUUACCGAUCAAGAUGCUGCAAUGGCUAAGGCCAUACCCAUUGUCAUGCCUGACACGAGUCACCGUUUGUGCACUUGGCACUUGAUGCAAAAUGCAUUAAGGCAUGGUAAUUGUCUCUUUCAAGAUAAGGGGGUGAAAGGUGUAUUAAAUAGAUUCAUGUUUGAUAUUGAGGAUGAAAAUGAAUGGGAAAUGAAGUGGGGGGAAAUGCUUGAUACAUAUGAUGCUCAUGACAAUCAUUGGUUGAAGUUGAUUUUUGGGGUGAAGGAAAAAUGGGGCUGGCCAUAUGUUAGAUCAACAUGGGCUGCGGGAAUGAGUAUAACACAACUUAGUGAAUCUUUUAAUGCUUUUUUGAAGGAUUACAUUUGUUUUGAUUUUAAUUUAAAUAAAUUCUUCAUGCAUUUUGAAAAGGUACUUUGUGAGAAGCAGUACAAGGAGUUAGAAGCUGAAUAUGCUUUAUGCCAAAGGUUGCCAAGGGUGCGAGCGCCAUUCAUAAUGUUGAGUCAAAUGGGUAAUGUGUACACUAAAAAUAUUUUUGAGGAGUUUCAAGAUGAGUAUUUUCUUUCUGUUGAAUCAGACAUACAAGCAAUUGAAUACAUUGAUGGUUGUAGCCUAUACACAGUUGUUGAUGCUAUUGGGAAAAAUGCAAGGAAAGUGAAAAUGGAGAUGGAUGGCUCUUUGGCUUGUAGUUGUUCAAAGUUUGAAAGGAAAGGGAUUUUGUGCAGUCACUGUUUGAAGGUUAUGAGAGAAAUAUUGAAGUUGAAAGAGAUUCCUUCACAAUACAUUAUGAAGAGGUGGACCAAACAAGCAAGAGGAGAAGCUGUGACGGACAAGUUAGGGAAUGAGAUUCAAGUAGACGUCAAAUUCAAACAAGCCUCACGGUAUAAGACAUUGAUGACCGCAUUUAGAUCAAUAGCAUGUAGAGCUGCUGAAACUGAGGAAACUUAUGAUUUUUGUUGUUCACAACUCGCUGCAUUAGGUGCAAAUGUUGAAAGGAAGAUAAGUGCCCAUUUUUGUAUCGAAAAAGAAGCAAGAUUGAAGAAAAAGCAUCCAACUAGUAAGGGCAAAAGAAGGAUAAAAGGUCCAUGUGAGCUGGCAUUGCAAGCAAGCUUUAAAAAGAAGUCCCGUGCACAAUUUUUGAGUUCUUCAAGACCUGUUGCUGCUCCAACAGUGAGACCUUCUCCAUUAUCUAUUGGAGGAGACGUAAGUAUUUAUGAAAAUGUUACUCCUCUUCAUCCUCCUCUUGCUCCCCCUCCUCCUCCUCAUUCCGUUGCCAUGGGUGGUACAAUUCCUCUUCCAUUAAUAUAUCCCACAUAUAAUGCAAACAAUUUGGCAUAUUGUGGACAACCAACAUUUAUGACACUACUUCAAGGUGGGUAUGACAUUGGGUUUGAAGAUUCUCAAGGCUCACAGACAGGUUCUCGGUCAACAAAUAAUUUGCUGCUGCAUACUGAGGGUUUGGAUAGCCAUGAAGAGUUGGAAGGCACUUCAAAUUUCAUACAAAGGAGAUGCCUCUGA